AUGGCGUUGUUUAAAAGGGCAGCGAUGCCUUCCCUUCGCUUCUCUCCGGGGGUCACUUCAUCUAUCAUCAGCAUUCGAAGAGCGUCCUCAAUGGCCCCUCCAAAGCUCAACGAUCCUUCUCUGUUCAAGCAGAAUGCCUGCUACGUCAAUGGCGAGUGGCGCGCCGCCAAGUCCGGCAAGACCUUCAAGGUGAACGACCCUUCGACGGGCGAGUUCAUCGGAACCAGCCCCGAAUUCGAUUCUAGUAUUUAUGAUCAGUUUAUUCAGAAGUUCACCGAGGCCGUCAAAUCCUUCUCUGUUGGCAAUGGCUUCGAAGAUGGCAUCACCCAUGGUCCUCUGAUCCACGACCGUGCCAUCGACAAGGUCGACUCCCAUGUCCGGGAUGCCGAGAAGAAGGGUGCCACUAUCACCAUCGGUGGUCAGAAGCUUCCCAACCUUGGUGCCAACUUCUUCCAGCCCACCGUCAUCCGCGACAUGACCGCCGACAUGGCCAUCGCCACCGAAGAGACCUUUGGUCCCGUCGCAGGAGUUUUCUCCUUCGACACGGAAGCGGAAGUCGUCCACUUGGCGAACCAAUCUGAUGUUGGUCUGGCAGGUUACUUCUUCUCUCGUGACAUUUCUCGCAUCUUCCGAGUCGCCGAGGCUCUUGAAGUCGGCAUGAUCGGCGUCAACACUGGACUCAUCUCAGACCCGGCCUCGCCGUUUGGCGGUGUCAAGCAGAGCGGUUUCGGGAGGGAAGGCUCCAAGUACGGUCUGGCCGAGUUCCAGACGAUCAAGUCGGUCACAUUUGGCGAUAUGGGCAAGCCUUUGCAGGGCAAGUUGCGAGCUAUCCCAGCCGCAUCAUGGCGAGCCUCAGUAGCUUCUAGCUCCCCCGCCCACCAGGCCUCCCCCCUCGCUCCCAUCCGCUUCUUCAGCGCCUCCCAGAACCUCCAGAAGAAGCGCAAGAUCGCCGCCCCAAAGGGCUCCCGCUCCGAAGAAGCCCACGUCGAUGAUGCCCCCUCCGGCAAGCGCAAGGGCGGCGCCGCCCCCUCAUCCACCCCCAACGACGCCGCCGCCGCCGAGGAGAUCGACCCCCUCGACUUCUCCGCGCUCAUCACCGCCUUCGGGCCCAUCGACGCCCACUUCAAGGCCCAGCUCCAGGCCCUCUCCCACGGCGGCCGCUUCAACCCGACCAACCUCGGCGCCCUCACCGUCCACGUCACCUCCCACGAGAUGGCCGACGACGCCAGCGGCACCAUGACCACCGUCGCUGAGGACUUCCCCCUCUCCGAGCUCGCCCAGAUCGUGCCCCGCUCCGGGCGCACAAUCUCCCUCCUCGUCCACGACCGGAGCUACAUCAAGCCCAUCAUGUCCGCCGUCCAGGCCUCCCCGGACUACAACCAGCAGCCCCAGCGCUCCGAGGACAACGACCUCGAGUUGCUGCUGAAAGUCGAGAUGGAGCGCAAGGAGGACGUCGCACGCCGCGUCAAGGAGGCCACGCAGCUGUGGCGCGAGCGCGUGCGGGCCGCCAGGACCAAGCACGAGAAGCACAUCAAGGACUGGCAGAAGAAGAAGACCAUCACCACCGACCUGGCGAGGAAGGCGGACAAGGAGCUCCAGAAGCUCCAGGACAAGAAGAUGAAGGAGAUUGACGGCGAGGAGGCCAAGGCGAUCAAGUCGCUGUAG